CGGAGCUUGGGUCCCGGUGGAAGCCGAAGGCGCAGCCUGGACCGUAGUUUCCCGGGAGAGACCCGAGCAGGAGCGGGAGCUGAGCGGAGUGCAGUCCCUUCGAGCCUCAGCUCCAGCCGUCCGCCGAGGGUGGCAGGUGUGCGGGAGGCUUGAAACUGUAUUCCAAUAUGGCUUUGCUUGGACUCUUCUCUUUGCUGGUUCUGCAAAGUAUGGCUUCAGGGGCCCCUUUCCCUGAUGAAACCAUUGCUGAGUUGUCAGUGAAUAUGUAUAACCAUCUUCGAUCCACUGGGGAAGACGAAAAUAUCCUCUUCUCUCCACUGAGCAUUGCCCUUGCAAUGGGAAUGAUGGAACUUGGGGCCCAGGGGUCUACCCUGAGAGAAAUCCGCCAUUCAAUGGGAUAUGAUAGCCUGAAAAAUGGUGAAGAAUUUUCCUUCUUGAAGGAUUUCUCUGACAUGGUAACUGCUGACGAGAGCCAGUAUGUGAUGAAAAUUGCCAAUUCCCUCUUUGUGCAAAAUGGAUUUCAUGUCAAUGAGGAGUUUUUGCAAAUGUUGAAAAAAUACUUUAAUGCAGAAGUGAAUCAUGUGGACUUCAGUCAAAAUAUAGCCGUGGCCAACCACAUCAAUAGAUGGGUGGAGAAUAGCACCAAUAAUUUGUUGAAAGACUUGGUAUCCCCAAGAGAUUUUGAUGCUGUGACUCACCUUGCCCUCAUCAAUGCUGUCUAUUUCAAGGGGAACUGGAAAUCACAGUUCAGACCUGAAAAUACUAGAACCUUCUCCUUCACAAAAGAUGAUGAAAGUGAAGUCCAAAUUCCAAUGAUGUAUCAACAAGGAGAAUUUUAUUAUGGGGAAUUUAGUGAUGGCUCUAAUGAAGCUGGUGGAAUCUACCAAGUCCUAGAAAUACCGUAUGAGGGAGAAGAGAUAAGCAUGAUGUUGGUGCUGUCCAGACAAGAAGUUCCAUUGGCCUCCCUGGAACCCUUGGUCAAACCACAGCUGAUUGAUGAGUGGGCAAACUCUGUGAAGAAGCAAAAAGUGGAAGUAUACCUGCCCAGGUUCACAGUGGAACAGGAGAUUGAUUUAAAAGACAUUUUGAAGUCCCUUGGAGUAACUGAAGUUUUCAUCAAAAAUGCAAAUUUGACAUCCCUGUCUGAUAAUAAAGAGCUUUUCCUUUCCAAAGCGAUUCACAAGUCCUUCAUAGAAGUUAACGAAGAAGGCUCAGAGGCUGCUGCCGCCUCAGGAAUGAUUGCAAUUAGUAGGAUGGCUGUGCUGUAUCCUCAAGUUAUCGUGGACCACCCAUUUUUCUUUCUUAUCAGGAACAAGAGAGCUGGCACAAUUCUGUUCAUGGGACGAGUGAUGCAUCCUGAAACAAUGAACACAAGUGGACAUGACUUUGAGGAACUUUAAAUUACUUCAUUUGAAUAGCAAGGAAAACAGUAACUAAGCACAUCCUGUUUGCAAUUGGUAUAUAUUUAGCAUUUGUGUUUUGCAGUAUAUCUUAUGGUAGUAUUUAAAGUAGCUCCAGAUUAAAAAAAAUACAUGUAAAUUAUAAGUUAACUUCUCAAGGAACGUGGUCAGUAUUAUGGUAAUGGUCCUGUUAUGUCAUUGUAUUUGUUGUGCUGUUGCUUAAAAAUAAAACUACAUAUUGAACAUGUGAA